UUUCGCAAGUCUAGUCUUGCAUUGGAACAUUUUCAUUGUUUUCUUAAAAAUAGCUAGCUACAACUCUCGAAAUACUACAAAGAUGGUGAUGAAACAAACUUUCUUCUCCUUUUUACUUCUCUUUCUCUUCCAUUGCACCACAUCAGUAGCCCAGGCGCCAAUCCCAGCUCCAUUACCUCCUCCAACUCCUCCCACCCCAACCGCAUCUCCUCCGGCUCCUCCUCUCCCUACCAAAUCACCUCCAGCUGCCCCUACCAAAUCACCUCCAGCUCCACUGGUGCCCGCUGCUGCUCCAAGCCCAUCUGGCCCCACCAAUGUCACCAAAAUCCUUGAAAAGGCCAAGGGAUUUUCCCUCUUUAUUCGUCUCUUAAAAUCCACCUCAGUGGCUGAUCAGAUUGAGAAACAGCUCAAUGACUCAAACAAUGGCGUCACCAUUUUUGCACCAACUGAUGGUGCGUUUUCUAGUCUUAGUUCAGGCGUUCUCAAUUCCUUGAACGAUGAACAGAAGGAGGAAUUAAUCCAAUUUCACGUACUCUCUUCAUACAUCCCUUUAUCACAGUUUCAAACUGUGAGUAACCCACUGAGAACAAAUGCAGGAGACACAAGUAAAUACUCCUUUCCACUAAAUGUGACCGCUUAUCCCAAUUCAGUGAAUAUCUCAACAGGUCUUACACACACUAGUUUGUCUGGUACUGUUUACAGCGAUGGGCAGCUUGCUAUUUAUCAAUUAGACAAAGUGCUUCUUCCCAUGAACAUUUUUGGGGCCAAGCCUCCAUCCCCGGCACCUUCACCAACAAAACGUAAGAAGGAGAACAAUGAUAGCACAACUGAUGAUACCACUGCUGCAGAUAGUUCAACUGAUGAUAACGUGAAUGCCUCGGGAGCAAUGAGUCUCACGAUCAUGACCAUACAAACUACGGUGCUUUCCGGGUUUGCCAUGAUUUUAGCAAUAGUACUUUCUUUAUGAAGAACAUAAAGAAAUGCGUGUGAUAAGUUAUGAUGAGGGUCGAGGUUACUUUGAUCUAGUAGUCGUCAAUGAUUUUGCAGAGUCGGAGUGAAGGGUGGUGACGGAAAAUAAAUCGACAUGGCGAGAGCUUUCAAUUAAUUCUCCAUUUCGAUCAGUCCUUUUGGCUUUUGUUUGAUAUUGAUUGCUUCUUUAUGUUUGAAUUUGAAGAUUUUUUUUUAAUUAUUUUUAUAUUUUCUUUUUCAACCAUGUAACAUCUGAAAAUGUACAAUAAUGUGAGUCAAUUUUUUUUCUCGUUUAAAUGCAUGUAUCUUAGUAAUAAAAGGUGUUUUAAU